AUGGAGGAGGAGGAAGAAGAACCCAUCCCCCUAUCAAAAACCUCCUCGACCGUGACACUAACCCAACAAAACGUCCACGAGCAAGUCACACCGCAGUGCCACAUCAUCACCCAGCAAGCCAGCGGCGACUCCAUGGAGUCCGAGUCCGAAUCCGUCUCACAAAAAGCCUCCCCCAGGUACUCCCUCCUGUCCAAGUCGCCGCAUUCCAGCUCCUCCCAAGAGGACUACGAUCCGCCCAACAAGGGCCAGUUCCUAUCGGCCAACGUCCGCAGCGACCAGACCAAGAGCAUGGAGAGCCUGAGAGCCUCGCCCAGAUCCUUCCUCACGUCCAGCGAGCGCGACAUGCGCAGAAUGUACUCCGAGACUUCGGAAGCCAAGUCGUUGGAGAGUAUCGAGCGGGAGGUGAAGCUUAAACGGCACGCAGUGAGUGGAGAAGGGUCUUUGCUGAUGAGCAGCGACGAGUCCAUCAGCAUGGCGGAACGCAGGAGAGUGCUGUGGUCUGGGAAGAUGCGGAUACCUCAGCACUUGAGCCUACCGCCGCCUGCCGGGUACCUGAGCUUGAGCCCCGGCGAGAGGCGGCUGACGAUCCUGUCGCCUCAUUCGCCGCACAAGGUGCCGGAGAUGCUACACUUCGGAACGGCUACAUUAAAGUCACGCAGGAAAAAGGCGACGGUGUUGCCGAAACUGGUGUUGCCCAGGAGCGAUUCGGACAUGAGCGAGGUAUGUCUGCAAUACGUGUUGCCUGCCUCUCGAAAUCCGCGCGCGUUUCAGUAUGUUCUAGAACCACUCAAUCCACAUGAGUUGCAAGAACUUGCCGAUAAUAUCAAUUUAGAUGAUUUAGAUAUCGAAGGAUAUGGUUUUGAUGAUGAACAGGAAGAUGAAGAUAUUCUACAUCAAAACGAAUCCCUUUUUCCGAAUCCUGAUGAAGAAUUAGACUUGUUGGAUGAUGGAAUUACCAAUCCUCCGGAUUCAGAUGACGAGCCACUAGCCCACAUUGGCCCAGACGAUGAUGGUAAGUACCAGUGA